GCGACGGGGCGGGGAGGGGAGGGGAGGGGGGGGAGUGAGGUGGGGGGGGAAUUUAACCCCUUCGCUGCCGGCGGGCGGCGGAGCGCGGCGGCGGUUUCUUUUCUGUUCAGGCGGCGCCGAGGGAGCCCCGCCGCGCCCGGUGCAUUGUGGGACUGGGCCGGGAGCCCCGUUCGCGGGAGGAGGCGGAGGGCGAGGAGGCGAAGCCGACUGCUCGGCAGAGAAACCCUGAUACCGUUGCUCUGGGGUGGGAAAGGCCAGCGGCGCGUGCGAGGGAACCAUGUCUGUUCGGGAGUCGUUUAACCCAGAGAGUUACGAGCUGGACAAGAGCUUCCGACUGACCCGCUUCACCGAACUGAAAGGUACAGGCUGCAAAGUGCCUCAGGAUGUGUUACAGAAACUGCUCGAGUCUCUCCAAGAAAACCAUUUUCAGGAAGACGAACAGUUCCUGGGGGCAGUUAUGCCCAGGCUGGGAAUUGGGAUGGACACUUGCGUUAUUCCGUUAAGGCACGGAGGUUUGUCGUUGGUUCAGACAACGGAUUAUAUUUAUCCUAUUGUGGAUGACCCUUAUAUGAUGGGACGGAUAGCGUGUGCCAAUGUCUUAAGUGACCUUUAUGCCAUGGGGGUCACGGAAUGCGACAACAUGUUGAUGCUCCUUGGAAUCAGCAAUAAAAUGACAGAUAGGGAAAGAGACAAAGUGAUGCCUCUAAUUAUCCAGGGUUUCAAAGAUGCAGCAGAAGAGGCAGGAACAUCUGUUACUGGUGGCCAAACAGUGUUAAAUCCCUGGAUUGUUUUAGGAGGAGUGGCCACGACAGUCUGUCAGCCUAAUGAAUUUAUAAUGCCAGACAAUGCAGUGCCAGGAGAUGUGCUUGUAUUAACUAAACCCUUGGGAACACAAGUGGCCGUAGCUGUCCACCAGUGGCUAGAUAUUCCAGAAAAGUGGAAUAAAAUCAAACUAGUGGUAACGCAGGAAGAUGUAGAGCUAGCAUACCAGGAAGCAAUGAUGAAUAUGGCCCGGCUGAACCGAACAGCUGCUGGACUCAUGCACACUUUCAACGCACACGCAGCUACGGACAUCACGGGGUUUGGAAUCCUGGGACACGCACAGAACCUUGCCAAGCAGCAGCGAAACGAGGUGUCCUUCGUUAUUCAUAACCUUCCUGUUCUUGCUAAGAUGGCUGCUGUCAGUAAGGCUUGCGGAAACAUGUUUGGCCUUAUGCAUGGGACUUGUCCAGAGACUUCAGGAGGCCUCCUCAUCUGUUUACCACGGGAACAAGCAGCACGGUUCUGUGCUGAGAUCAAGUCUCCAAAAUACGGCGAGGGCCACCAAGCAUGGAUUAUUGGCAUUGUAGAGAAGGGCAACCGCACGGCCAGAAUUAUAGACAAACCACGAAUCAUUGAAGUUGCACCACAGGUGGCCACUCAGAACGUGAACCCAACGCCGGGUGCCACCUCUUAAUAUAGAUGAAAUAGCUGUUUGUUUUUAAAUAGAUCUAUUCCUUUAUCAUCCUACAAUUUAAAAAGAACUGUAAAAAAAAAAAAAAGAAAAGAAAACUUGUGUCUGCACAUCUGGUGGCCUUAGGUCAGUUUAUGAGUGGAUACAAUUAAUGAAAUAAAAUCCAUUGCCUUUUUUUCCUGUUACAUUAACUGAAGAUGCACCUAAUCUUGAGGCAGCUUCUGAGUUGAGAAUUAUAUUGUUAUCCAAUACUGUUGAUUCAUUUUGAAUCUUUAGACACUUAUCUCUUGCCGCAUAGGCUCUUUUUAAAGGUGCUUUCACGUAGCACAGACAUUACCAGUAGUAGUGUCAAAUAGCAGUUUGUGUCCUUUCAUUAUAUGUAUAUUUAUCAUAAGUCUAAUUUUGAUGCCUUGAGUGAUAUUCCAGAGAGGCAAUAAAUUUGAUAAGCGACACAGUGCGUAUGCCCAGUAGUAAGAUGGUUGCAUGAUUACAUUCAAUCUUUGAUUUUUAUUUUUAUUUUUUUAUUUUUUUUGUAAGGUUUAGUCUUACCAAGAGCAUCUACGACCCUGGACAUUGCUUGGUAGUGCACUCUGUUUAAACGAGCAAGUGCUGACUUUGCAUGGAAAGCACUUCAGAGUCGAAGGAGUCAUUUUUAAUUUCAUUAUUUGUAGCCCUGACAAUAUUUACUGUAUUAUCAAUGAUUUUCUUUAUUGAUAGUAAGGAAAAAUAAUCUUUUUUUUUUUUUGCAAUGUGAUUGGAUGUGCUAUAGUGCAACAAAGGUUUUGCAGACCAAAAGGAGGUUACUGUAUAAUAUUCAUUUACAAUUCACUAUAUAAAUAACUACACAAAUAAUUUUUAAAUAUAAUCAAACUAAAAUAAACCUCUGUUCUGUGGAUGGUAGUGUUUAAUACAUUUUAUAUUUUGUAUAGUGAUUACAGGCCUUUUUUGUUUCUUUAAAAUCAGCAGCUGUUUAGUAUAAUUCUUAGUAUUAUUUUGUUCUUUGCUCAAAUACAUUUUUGUGCACGCUUUUGUGAUCUGUGUUUAAAAUCUACAUUGCCAACAUUGCAGCUUGAACUUAAGCUUGUUAUUCAAAAUAAAUAUUUAAUUUUUUUUUUAUUGCUCUUGUAUAAACGCAUGAACUUUUUUGAUUCCUACCUGAAUUACAGACUGGAAAGAGGAGAGAUCCUCCUUUAUCUUUUGUUUUAAUGCAAGUGUAAUUAUAUGGAUUGUUGCUGUUACUCCUUUGGUCAGCUCUGCGAGCUGUGAUGUCCCAUGGUAAUCUAGAAUAUCUCCUCCUGUGUGCCAGAAUUUAGGGGCAAGCAGGUUAUCUCCGAGCAUAUUGUCCACUUCAUUGCGUUUAUUUUACUUGUCAGCGCAAAGUAUGCGAUGGAUGUGAAUCGUUUCCUCUGUAUCCUCUGCAAGUCUCCUGGCUGUGCCUGCUCUAACCCAGACGAGGGUUCGUGAGCAGCCCUGUGCGUGGAACGAAAGCCGAAACCCAUCUUUUUCCUCCGAGGGUGUGUAAAGCUCCACGUUCGCUGCUAACUCUGCUCUGCCAGCCCCCAGGAGCCAAGCCACACCGUGCGAUUCUUCUGCGGAACGGAACCGAGCACGUUUCUCUGAACCAGCUCUUUUUAAAAGCUUCCCACAUUGUGGAAUUUAGCUCCUUGAUACUCAGACCAGGACGAAAAAAUCUUUGGUAAUCAAUACCACUACCAGCAGGAAUAACAAGGGCUUCUGUCUGUGAAAAAUGACUCGCUAGAGACAAACCUGUCGUGUGCAACAUGCAAGGCUUAAAUUUCCAGUCUUGCUCCUAGUGAAAUCUGGGGCAAAACUUGGCUCAUCUUUUUCCACUCAGUAGCGUUCUCAACAGACACCUAUGAAAAGCUAGAGUUUUCUUCAUUUUUUUUCUUUUGUAACAAACCAACUAGGACAUGGCCAUCCUGUUCCUGGAAACUAGGUCCGAGUUGUGUGUUCACAACACAACCUCAAAGCAGUAACUGAAUUUUUGACUUUGUUGGGGGUGGGGGGAACGGGACAAAACGUUUUAGGGUUUUCACAGCCGUUCUGAACACCAAAAUAAAGC